AUGGGCUGCGCUCGAAUUUCAGUUUGCCUUGUGAUUAGAAAGGUCCUUCCUGGUGUCGUAGCGAAGUACACAGCACUCGUCUUUGCUAGUUUCACCGCUAUCUGGACGGUGUCUGGAGUCCUUGUCAGCGCCUUUCCGUGCAACUUGCCAAAUCCCUGGAGGUUCACUGGGGCGCAUAAUUGUUACGAUCUUGUAGCCUUUGUUAACUACGUUGGCAUCACGAACAUUGUUGUUGAGGUCCUCCUUGUUAUGAUACCCCUUUUCAUUUGGAAUCUUUCUUUCGUCAACUCUUCCCCACUGGCUGAUUACACUUAUGACUCGUGGGCCACUGUCCUCUGCGAACAAGUUGCGCAAAAUAUCUCCGUCAUUAGUGCAUGUCUACCUUGCCUCCAUCCCUUCAUCACUAAUAUACUUGCGGGCGCCACGGAGCCAGAAACGAUCAUGAUCAGUUAUGGUGCACCGCCAUGCAUUCGGCAAUAUUUAAAUCGGAAGAGGUCUAGCUUCGCACCAUCGCAGUCAUCACAUGCAUCUACUGCUCCAUUCUCCGAAAAGGCAGAGGAACCUUACUGUCGUCCGCUUGCAACGCACGGCCUCCUUCACUCCCAAUCAGCAACCCGGUUCCCAACAAACAUCGCACGAACCAUGUUCACCCAAGCUCCGCCUGAGACUUUCUUCAAUCGCCUCAUUGAGAUUCCCCGCUCACGGCCUGGGACACCAUCUUCAAACACAAACGCUUCGGAAGCACCUAGGAGGCUAGGCGAUGUCGGCGUGAUACCCGCUAUAGACUGGGAUUCGGGGAGCAAUAUCUCUGGCAGCUCAAGGAGAAGCAGCCCUUCCCGAAACCCAACCGCAGAGUACGUGUUAAAUCGGUCGAAGAUUAUAUCUGUCCCUGAAGAGAAGCUUCUGUACGAUGCCGGUGUCAGGCAAUUUGCCCCGCCGUUACCGUCUCCACGGAUGCCUAGGCGUCCACCACGAGCGUUUUGA